CACUGAGCUGAGCCGUCUUGUGUGAUGCCUGGCAUACUGUAGACACCUCUACUGUAGACACCUCCAGAAGGACACUGACUCCGUUCCACUCAGCCUCAGCCGGUCUCCCUCUACCUGUACUCUACCUUCACCCUGUAUGAUCCUGACAAACCGUCUUCUGCCACCUCCAUCAGGAUGAAGAACCAAAAGAAAAAGAGAGGGUUUAUUUUUCUCUUAGUCUUCUUGGUUACUCUUCCUUCCUCUUUGGGAAGGCAAAUGUCAGACUAUGCUCCUUAUUUCUACGACAACGGACCGAGCAGCACCAAUGGGAAUAUGGCUCUCUUCAGUAUCUCAGAAGACACACCAGUCGGAACACAGGUAUAUAUCCUAAAUGGCACUGACCCAGAGGGAGAUGCCGUGUGGUUUGGCCUGACCUUUGAGAAGGGCACCAGAGAAUACCUGAGAGUGGACUCCAAGUCAGGAAACAUAACUCUCAUUCAGGAACUAGACAGAGAGAAACAAGGUGAAAUCUCAGCUCUUGUUAGCAUAACAGAUGGCCGGAAUAAGGUUGUCGAGACGAUACGGGUGUUUGUCACCGAUGCAAAUGAUGAAGAACCAGAGUUCCAGAACCUGCCUUUCGCCGUAGACGUCCCCGAGGACACUCCAGCUGGAAGCAGCAUUUACAGAGUGCAAGCGGUGGAUAAAGACAUGGGCUCUGGAGGCAGUGUCACCUACUACUUACAGGGAACUCCUACUACCAAGUUCACCAUCGACGGCCACAGUGGGGUCCUGCGGAUCAAACCAGGCGAGACGCUCGACUUUGAGACUACAACAUUACACUUUGUGACGGUGGUUGCCAAGGAUGGGGGUGGACAGUACAAAGGGAAGCAUCAGGUGUUGACAUCUACAGCCACCAUAACCAUCAACGUCCUCGACGCCCAAGACACUCCUCCAGCCUUCAUUGGAACUCCUUACUUUGGCUACAUCUACGAGGUCUCACUUCCUGGUUCUGAAAUAGCCACCGUGUUUGCCAAAGAUGGAGACGAAGGAAACCCUAAUCCUAUUCAUUAUUCUAUUACCAAUGGUAGUGAGGAUGUCUUCACCAUCAAUAGCACAAGUGGUUGUAUCAGCCUAACAGCUUAUCCAGUCACGCUGAGGAAUGAAUUAUAUGAAAUAAAAGUCAAGGCCACUGAGCUGGGGCCUAGCGAGGAGCUGUUGGACUACAAUGCCAUGACUAUGGUGACGGUUCGAGUGGUGGAUCUCAACAACCACCCUCCUACCUUCUACGGAGAGAACGGGCCCCAGAGCCAAUUUGAGGUGACCAUGUAUGAGCACCCUCCAGAGGGGGAGAUCCUCAGGGGGCUGAAGAUAACGGUCAACGACUCUGAUCAGGGGGCGAAUGCUAAAUUUAAACUGAGAUUGGUGGGGCCUGGUCGUGUACUCAGAGUGGUGCCGCAGACGGUCCUCAAUGAAGCACAGGUCACCAUCAUCGUUGAAGACUCUGCUGCCAUCGACUAUGAAAAAGGCAAAUCCUUAACAUACAAGUUACUGGCUGUGGAGAUUGACACCCCUGAGAGGUUCAGUGCGACAGCUGAUAUUGUGAUUCACCUUUUGGACACUAAUGACAACACUCCCAGGUUCACCUCAGAGUAUUACAUCGCACGUAUCCCAGAGAACUCCCCCGGAGGCUCCAACGUUGUGUCUGUCACCGCCAAUGAUCCAGACUCUGGCCUUUGGGGUGAAGUCAAGUACUCCGUCUAUGGAUCUGGAUCUGAUUUGUUUCUCAUCCACCCGUCCUCAGGCAUCAUCUACACCCAGGCCUGGGCCACUCUUGAUGCUGAGGUCAAGUCCAAGUACAACUUCUACGUGAAGGCAGAGGACACAGAGGGCAAGUACAGCCUGGCAGAGGUGUUUGUCACUGUCCUUGACAUGAACGAUCAUGUUCCAGAGUUUGAUGACAGCCUUGUGGAGAGGACCAUGAUCAUCGGUGCACCUGUUAGGGUAGAGGCAAUAGAUGCCGAUGCAGAGUCGCCCAAUAACGUCAUUGAGUAUUCCAUUAUGCAAGCUGAACCGGACAACAUCUUUGACAUCAACGCAGAGACCGGAGAGAUCAAGCUCAAGUCAUACAUCAAGUCCAUGGAGAUCGUGCAGAACAUCACCAAGCAGAAGGACUGCAGGUGGUCUCUGGUUGUCCAAGCCCGGGACAGAGGGUCUCCGUCAUUCAGCACUACCGCCGUAGUCAACAUCGACAUCACUGAGGCGACUCAACUCAAGGGGCCUAUGGCAGCCUUUUUAUUGCAAAGUAGGCACAACCCAAUGAAGGCCCUAGGCAUGGUCGCUGGUGUCAUUAGCAUAUUGGUAGGGGUCACUGUCUUGAUCUCCACGGCUAUGUUCUUGCGCAACACAAAGUCCAACAGGAUAAUGCCGGCGCGUCGCAUCAUCAUCAGACGGAGACCGUCAAGAGACCGCAAGCCGUGGACGUUUAACGUACCGUUCCUUGGUGGCGGUGGAAAUGACCCAUUGAACAAGUUUGUUGUUGGCGACCCGGAAGCAGGGAGUGUCAGCAUCAACCCCAACAAAAACGUCAGACCCCGGUGCCCCAGAUCAAAGCCCAAUCCUCUGCCGCCCAGAGCCCCCUGUCUGCCUCCUCCAUCCUGUCCCUCUCUGUCCUCUAACCCCAGGCCCAGUGAGAGGCCCCGGGCUGCAGUGCCAACCGUCUCUGGGGCCCUGGCUUCAAAGGGCUCCAGGAGAUCCAGCCAGAGCAGAGAGAGCAACAUCAGCUCUGAGACUACUAAAAUUCCCGUCAGCUCAGCCCUGGUCUCUGAACUCAAAAGGAGACUGGAGCAGAAAAUCAUUGAGAGCAACUCAAGCUAUUAUUGAACCUGAUAGGUGUGGUGUGCUGGCGCUCUAACCAAUCUGUCAGUAAAUUGUCUGGACCGCUGAAUGUGCUCAGUCCUAGGAUUGCAAAACUGCAAUUGUAAAAGAAGGUUGAGGACAGUAGGUAAAUUCCCUUCAAAACUUUAUUUGUUUUCAAAGCAAGUCCUCUGUCAAAGCAAUGUUGCAACACUGUCCUAUUAUUGAACCUACUGAAUCUAACCAGCUCUACAUGUUUUCUUCAAGAUGUUAACAUAACGUUGAAUACUUGGAUCCAUGGGCCCUGGUCCAGAAUAGUGCAGUUUAUAGGGAAUAGGGUGCCAUUAGAGACACACACUCUGUCAUCCAGAAAUAACUACAGAUGUUUCUGCACUGACAUUUUGAGAUGUGUAAUGGGAUCCGUUUUAGAUAAGUCUCUGCAUUGCUGCCAUCUUGAGAUGUGUAAUGGGAUCCUUGUUAGAUACGUCUGCAUUGCUGCCAUCUUGAGAUGUGUAAUGAGAUCCUUGUUAGAUACGUCUGCAUUGCUGCCAUCUUGAGAUGUGUAAUGGGAUCCCUGUUAGAUACGUCUGCAUUGCUGCCACCUUGAGAUGUGUAAUGGGAUCCUUGUUAGAUACGUCUGCAUUGCUGACAUCUUGAGAUGUGUAAUGGGAUCCUUGUUAGAUACGUCUGCAUUGCUGCCAUCUUGAGAUGUGUAAAGGGAUCCUUGUUAGAUAAGUCUCUGGAUUGCUGCCAUCUUGAGAUGUGUAAUGGGGUCCUUGUUAGAUACUUCUGCAUUGCUGCCAUCCUGAGGGAAACAACAUGUUAACAAGAGUGACUAAGGGGAAAAGAUUACUGCAUAUUUCCUGUCAUAUUCCUGAAAAGUUUUGUUUUAUUUGCUUAAGACCCUGCAAUGUUUUCAAGAAUAGUGCUGAAAUAUGUGAUUAGGAUUGAUAUGUAGCCUAUGUUUCCAGAAUGCAAAAUGGAAUUCAAAUUACGGAAUGAAUUUGGCUAAAAGGACACCUCAAAAUAGCCUCAAUCAGCCUUGCUACUGUAGCUAGCUAGCUAGCUUGUUUACAACGAUUUGAUGCAGUCAAGAUGAGCACUACCAGAUGGCACGAUAGAUAACAUAUGGCAGCAACAAGUUUGUGUAACUAGUGCCACACACCGGCCCGUACUCCUCUCUGCACUCACCUCUUCCCCACCUUUCUACUGAUACAAACAAAGCGGCUCGAGCGAGCAAGUCUCCAUUGAAGUUUCCAAAACAACCGUUUUCUUUAAAACACGUGUAUUUCUAUCACGAUAUUAUUCUAAUAGUGAAAACAUUUCAAAUGCCCAUCCCUAAAAUGUACCCAUUUUUACUUGUGCAUCAGAUCGAAGCAAC